AUGACAGUGGCAUGGCCAGUGUGGAUUGUGUCCUCGAUGGCGAACUUGGACAAUGCCUGGCUGGUGGGUGUAGAGCGCGCCCGCAUGGGUGGCAAAUGCUUGGCCCACGUGCUGGCGGACAGGCAGACGGUUGGGCAGCGGCCUGUCACGCUGAUCGGCCACUCCAUGGGUGCUCGCUUGCUUGUCUACUGCUUGUGUGAGCUCUACGACAUGGGAGAGUUCCACGUAGUGGACGACGUCGUGCUGCUAGGCACGCCAGUGACCACAGAGGCAACCAAGUGGCAGAAGGCAGGGGUGCUGAUUGCUGGGCUUGGCUCAUGA